AUGGAGAAAAUUAACUUUGUGAAAAAUGGUGUGAUUAAAUUGCCUCCUGGAUUUCGGUUCCACCCUACCGAUGAGGAGCUCGUGGUGCAGUACCUGAACCGUAAAGUCUUAUCCUAUCCUUUGCCAGCUUCUAUUAUCCCAGAGGUCGAUGUUUGUAACUCUGAUCCUUGGGAUUUGCCAGGUGAUACAGAUCAAGAUAGGUACUUUUUCAGCACUAGAGAGGUUAAGCAUCCGAAUGGGAAUGGAAACAGAUCAAAACGGGCAACUGUUUCCGGUUAUUGGAAGGCGACUGGAUUCGAUAAGCAAAUUGCGAGUCCCAGGAGCCACCAGGUUGUCGGGAUGAAAAGAACUCUAGUUUUCUACAGAGGAAAGCCUCCGAGAGGUUGCAGAACUGAUUGGAUUAUGCACGAAUAUCGCCUUGUCAAUUCUCAAAUCACAGCCACCGCUGCCCCACAGGCCAAAAAUAUAGCAUAUGAAAACUGGGUUCUCUGCCGAAUAUUUUUGAAGAGGAGAAACAACAAAAACGAGGACAAGGAGGUUGCUGCGCAAACAAAAAAUGAAGACAGGAGUGCCAUUUCGGGGAAUACUAGGACCAUCUUCUAUGAUUUUAUGGCCAAGGAUAGGACUGAUUUGAAUCUUGUUCCAGUUACGUUGUCUUCGAGUUCUAGUGGGAUUACAGAGAUUUCGAGUAACAAUGGAUCAGAUGAUCAUGAAGAAAGCAGUAGUUUGAAUAGUUCUACCACUGUCAAAAGGAAAUCAUAUCCUUAA